GGUUGGUGCAGUUCCCGCCUCCUGCCGGCAGGUGUCGUGGUUCUGCCGCUCCCCUCACCGCAGGAUGUACGGCAGCUGCCAUGUGACAAACUGGGACUGACCGUCUGUUGUCGGUGUGUUGUCGGUGUGUGGUGGUGUCUGUUGGCCGUUAAUGUCGGUGAACAGCCGGGUGAGCGCCCCUCUCACUGACCCCGGAGCUGCGGGACCGAGCCCGGCUCCUCUGUUCGCUCCGGCCGCUGAGCGGGGAACCCGCGGGGCUGAGAUGUGAGGCAGCGCCGACACUCGGGACUUUUUCUCCGGGAACCACUCGAGUCCAUCCGGUGAGUGAACGUGGAACCGGCCACCGGAUUAACACCGAGUCACUUACCCGCCGCGGGGCAGCCGAAGUGCGGCUCGAGCCUCUGUACCCGCCGCUAACUUAGCUCCGGUAGCUAACAGCUCCACUGAGUCGGACGUAAAGCCAGCUAGCCGCGGGCUAGCACGAGAAGCUAACGGCUACACGAAGUGUUGAAGUCACUUUACUUCACUUCCAGCUGCUAAUGCUAAGCUACAGGUUAGCAAGAUGGCUUCUGCUCGUGUGUUUAUCAGCCGCAGGUUCGAUUCCCGGGGUUAAACUUCUUCUUCUCUGUUAACACACAGAGCGACGAGCCGCAGCUUCCAUCCCCGCAGCACCAUGGAGCUCACCCCGCCGCCCGCAGCCGCCUCUGAGGCGUCAUAACCGGUGUGAGCUCGGCCCCGACAGCUGCAGGAGCUCCGGAGAAGAGAGGAGAAGGAGCUGCAGACAUGGAGGAGGACGAGGAGGUGGUGGCCGUCAGCAUGGACUAUCUGCUGGAGCAGGCGAUGCACAAGGACCUGGGCAGGAGGCUCCAGGUGGGGCCGGAGAUCAUGGAGCUCAUCCUGGACCAGGAGCGGUGUCCCGAGCUGGAGCAGGACCAGGGCUCCGUGGACAGGAUGGUGGACGCGGUGGCCAGCUCCUGGGUCAACUCCAGCAACUUCAAGGUGGUUUUGUUGGGGAUGGACAUUCUGUCGUCUCUCGUCACUCGACUGCAGGAGAGAUUCAGGACGCAGGUCGGAACUGGUGAGCCGCUCCACUCCUCUCUCUCCGUA